AUGGAGAGCACACAGCUGCCAGGACCUGGAUGGAGAAACGCGCAGCUGCCAGGACCUGGACGUCAGAGCGCACGGCAGGCAGGACCCCGCCCCGUGCGCGCGCGUGCCCGGCGUUGGCGCAGUCCGGGUCGGAGUCGUCGGCUGAGGCUUGUCGGCCUCGCUGUCCGGCCGAUUCCCGGCCCUUCUGCGCCCUCUCCGCCCGCGCCCUCGUUGGCGCCGCCACCCGCAGCCCUGGCGCUCCCCGCGGGUCCCGCUGAGGCCGUCUGCGCCCUGUGCCAGCGCGCGCCCCGCGAGCCGGUGCGCGCCGACUGCGGCCACCGUUUCUGCCGGUCGUGCGUGGUGCGCUUCUGGGCCGAGGAGGACGGGCCCUUCCCGUGCCCCGAGUGUGCCGAUGACUGCUGGCAGCGCGCCGUGGAGCCCGGCCGCCCUCCGCUCAGCCGCCGCCUCCUGGCGCUCGAGGAGGCGGCCGCGGCGCCGGCACGCGACGGCCCUGCCAGCGAGGCCGCGCUGCAGCUGCUGUGCCGCGCCGACGGGGAUCCGCUGUGCUCCGCCUGCCGCAUGGCCGCUGGCCCGGAGCCGCCCGAGUGGGAACCGCGCUGGAGGAAGGCGAUGCGCGGCAAGGAGAACAAGGGCUCUGUGGAAAUCAUGAGGAAGGACUUAAAUGAUGCCCGGGACCUGCAUGGUCAGGCCGAAUCAGCGGCUGCUGUGUGGAAGGGCCAUGUCAUGGACCGAAGAAAGAAAGCCCUGACUGACUACAAGAAGCUUCGGGCUUUCUUCGUGGAGGAGGAGGAACACUUUCUGCAAGAGGCUGAGAAGGAUGAGGGUGCUUGGGAGGAUGAUGAGCAAGCUGACCCAGCAGAACGCUUCCGGUCCCUGCUGCAGGCUGUGUCAGAGCUGGAGAAGAAGCACCGUAACCUGGGCCUUAGCAUGCUUCUGCAGUGAUGAUGCUGGCACAGCAGGCUGGCCACCUGGAGCACGAGGCAGACGGAACCACCUUCCACCGGCCUGCAGCACCCCUACCUACAUCUCUCAGGCCGCUGCCUGCUACCACCCUUCAUCCUCGACAGAUCCCAUCUCCAUCCACACUGAUAGCACGUUGGCCUGGGAUGAAGCGUCAAAGGUGCCCCGCUUUUGGUCAACAUAGUUUGAUUGUUCAGCAGUGUUUUCUUAUUUUCUUUGGGGCAUGAAUGUGCUUGUUUGGGCCUGUACCUGUUCCUCGUAGAGACCGACCAAUCCUGGGAUUCCUUUCCCAGUGUGUUCCAACUCUGCCCGAGACCACCUGACAGCUCUGAAGCCCCUGCUUCAUCUAGGAACCAAACCUUGCACCUGCCCCAUUGGUGCCCUUACAGGGUUGGCUCUGAGGCCAUACCAGUUACGUCAGCCAGUGUUAGUGCCAGGGAAUAGUAAUGCAGGAGGCCUUGGGGUUUGGCUGGGACCCUGCAGGGGGGGGGGAUUUUCCGCCCUCCAGAGGGCUCCUUCCCUCCCUUGGGGUCUUGUACCAGAUCCUAGGAGCCGUCUUCGUACUUUCCUGGCCUCUCUUCCUUCCAGCCUAUUACUUGGGUGUCACUGGCAUCCCCAAAGUGUUCCCCAAUUUUCACCACCUCUCAUGCAGGGAUCUUCCCUGCACAAGAGCAGCAGGGGUGGCUUCUCCGGCCACCUGGUGCUUCACUUCGCUGUAGUUUGGCUUUCUCUCACCUCAUGUUUUCUCCAGUAGGUGAAUUCACAAAACUUGUGACGUAGCGGUAGCGUGGUUGCCUGCAGCAUCAUGUGUGUAGAUAAUCUAGUGCAAGAAACGAAACCCAGCAGAGUGGACAAAGGUCAGGGGCCAAAGGCAUAGAGCUAUUUAGGUUUUUUGGGUAACAGUGUUCUGUCCUCAGAAGUCCCCGCCUUGGAUGUAGUGAGUGACUCCAGCUUGAUUCCCAGGUGGGCUGGGUUUUCAGUGCUGAAUAAAGUCAUUUGCUCCA